AUGGCUAAUACACGAAUUCAAAAAAAUAAACAGAAUUUUGUUAUGAGACGCGUAUUACCGUUAGGUUGAAAAUGCACACCGAACACAAUGCAAUUCUUUCCGAGUAAUCGUUUUGGUCGCUAAACUUCCGCUGUUGGUAAUAUCUGUUAGCAUAUUAGCAUAACGUUGCUAAGGAAGUAGAGACAACGCUGUUGAUAAAACCGCACGGACGGGUCCUCCCACGGCAGUCCGUCAGAUCCACUUCCACAGAGAGGCGAGCACCUACUGUCCGGCUCCUGUCACCAUGGCGCGUGUUGAGACAUCCUCGAGCAGGCCGUACCACCUGGUCAUCUUCGGAGCCUCUGGCUUCACUGGGCAGUUUGUGGUGGAGGAGGUGGCCCGGACCGUGUCCGAGGGUCCGAAGGGGAACCUGAAGUGGGCCGUGGCGGGCAGGAGCAAGCAGAAGCUGGAGAAAGUUGUGGAGCAGGCCGCCGGAGUCCUCGGUAAACCCGAGCUGAGGUCCGAGGUAGACAUCCUCGUUGCAGAUGUAGAAGAGCCAGACUCCCUGGCAGCCAUGUGCAAACAGGCAGUGAUUGUUCUCAACUGUGUGGGGCCUUACAGAUUCUAUGGUGAGCCUGUGGUCAAAGCCUGCGUGGAGAAUGGAGCUCACCACAUUGACAUCUGUGGAGAGCCUCAGUUUCUUGAGGGCAUGCAGUUGAACUACAGCAGCCAGGCAGCUGACAAAGGUGUGUACAUCAUCGGGAGCUGUGGCUUCGACUCCAUACCUGCCGACAUGGGAGUCCUCUACACCAGGGAUCAGUUCAAAGGUACACUGACGGCAGUGGAGAGCUUUCUGACCAUCGGCUCAGGACCUGAUGGCGGAUGUAUCCACGAUGGCACAUGGCAAUCUGCUGUCUACGGUUUUGCUGAUGGCCCGAAGCUCCAGGGUCUAAGGAGGAAGUUUAAUCACAAACCUCUCCCUACUAUUGGCUCGAAGAUUAAACGCAGGGGAUCAGUGUUCUUCAGUAAUGAGAUCCAGCAGUAUACAGUGCCCUUCAUGGGCUCUGAUCCGUCCGUUGUGAAGAGGACUCAGCGCUUCCUGGCAGAAGAUCAUGAGGCCACACCAGUUCAGUACGGAGCGUAUGCAGGAAUUGGAGGCAUUGGCAACAUCAUCAAGAUGAUGUUUGCUGGCAUGAUGUUCUGGUUCUUGGUCAAAUUCAGUUUUGGCCGCAACCUUCUCAUCAAGCACCCAGAGUUCUUCUCCUUUGGAUUUUUCUCCAAAGCCGGACCAACUAGAAAGCAGAUGGAAGCCUCAUCCUUUCAGUUCGCCUUCUAUGGAGAGGGAUACACUGAGGGUGAGGACCCUUCACGGGGAAAACCUAAUGGCAAGAUCCGCACACUGGUUCAGGGACCAGAGUGUGGAUAUGUGGCCACACCCAUUGCCAUGGUACAAGCUGCUCUAACGAUCCUCAACGAAUCCACAUCCUUGCCCAAGAAGGGAGGAGUUUACACUCCAGGGGCUGCUUUUGCAAAAACCACACUGGUCGACCGACUCAACAAACACGGCAUCCAGUUCUCCGUCAUCUAAAGUUUGUCCCCUCCCUGAUGCCGUACUCCAGGUUUUCUGAGCACUUACUAACAUGCAUAAUAAAAACUGGGAAGUUAACAACUUAGGAAGACAACUAUUUAAUCACCAGAGCCUUGAAAAGAAAUUAUGGUUCUUUUGGCAUUUAUCCUUUUUAUUUGGUCAGAAACUUGCCAGUCUCAUUUUGGCUUGAAUGUACCGUUAACCCUCUGCUUGUAAGACAAACAGCACAACUGCGGCAGUGUUUCCAAGCCAAGGAAAGUAAAAGAGCAGUUAUGUUUAAAGGGUUUUAACACUUUUCACUGUGUCUCCAAUGAGAUAGGGAAAAGAGGAAUUUUGGCCUGCAUAUGGUUCACUCCCUGUCUUUGAACAAAAUGUCUCUAAAAACAAGUUAAAACUCUCAUGUUCCCUUUAAUGCCCCCUUUGGUUUGGUGUAGCAGGCAGAUAGUUUCAUAAUAUUACCUGUAAUAAUCCCAGAUGUUUAUUAUUGCAGGGUAGACGAUUGCAAGUGUAGGUGGUAAUCAGUGCAACAGAUGUAGUGGACUCUAUUAAAAAUGCGCUCUAAGGACGAAAAAAAAUGUAACUGUAUAAGAAAAGCAAACUUCUACAAUCUUUAGCUGUGCGUUGUCCCUGUAGCAUACAGUAGCUUUGUGCACAAGGACAUUACUAUCUAAGUAGCACUAACAUGGUAGUUGUACAUGUGUUGUUCUGAUUCAAUGGAGUGAAGCUUUCAAAGGGGAAUAAGAAAUCUGCUGUGUGCGCGUUAAUGCUUGCCUUUCCUGGCAUGUUAGUAAAAAAAAUCUGAUUGCUUGAUUUUUGACAGAUGAUAUUUGGGCCAUCACCAAAUCAUCCAGUUUUCUUGAAUGUUUGUUUCUUUGUUGCAGCACUUCCCCUUUCCAAUGUUUGCUUUUGGGGCCUUGUCAGAAAAUGCAUCCAGCUGUUUGUGCACAAAACGGCAUGAGUUACUCCAUGAAACUGAACAGGUCCCUCCAGAGUGAUGAGUUCGAUCUCAGUCCUGACUUUGUUUUUGUUUUGAUGUUUUGAGAGUUUGAGCAUCAUGUGCAUGUGACAGACUUGUUUGGACCCAAAGUUUGGGGGUUUUGUUUUGGUGUGCUUAGCUUUAUAUGGGCCUAAAUAAAGUCAACUCUGAUAACAGGAA